UGCUCUGCUGCCCUUUCCUCCCCCCCCCAUGCUGCCGCGCUCCUAAUAAUUAGCCUAGCCCUGCCUAGCAGGACCGGCAGCGCUCGCGACAAGUGAACAGAGCCACGCUUAUAUCACCAGCUGUCCGGCUCGCUCCCCGCGCCACCCCACCUCCGCCGACUCCUGCCACCGCCCGCUGGCAUAGCGCGUAGGCCGCGAGAGGAGCACCGGCGGGCCGCAGGUAGGGGCGGGGGUGUGGGAGACAGGGAGGUGAGCGGGAUCUUGGUGCGCGCGUUUGCGGUGCAGGCGGCAUGAAGCUCCCGCUGCUGCGGCCGCUGUGGCCGGGGCUGGCGCCCGCGGCGGGGCCGCCCGACGCGGCGCCGGAGCCGGCGAAGCCGUCGCUGCCGGCUGCGUGGCUGCUGCUGCACGCGCUCUUCUGCGCCACCUCCAUGGCCGUGGGGUUCCGCUUCUCGCGCCUCAUCGUCUAUCUCCUCUUCCUGCCGACGCCGCCCAUCAACCCGGCCGCGCACCUCGUCUCGCUCGUGUCCCCGCCCGUCAUGCUCGCCGGCGGCAACGCCACGGCCACGAUCACCACCACGACGACCACAACCACUACCGUCACCACCACCACCACCACGGUGGCCGCUGAGAUCGGGGCCCACCCGCACCACCACCACGGCCCCGUCUUCGUGGGGCGCCACCCGAUCCGCGUCCGCUCCUGGCCGCACCCGGACCCCAACGAGCUGCUCAAGGCCCACCGCAUCCUCGCCGCCGUCCAGAACGCGCAGCGCAGCAGCAAGCGCCGCGGCGCGGAGCCGCCGAGGCCCGUCAUUGCCGUGACCCCGACCACCACCUCCGCACUCCAGGUGCCGUCCCUCACGUCCCUGGCGCACACGCUCCGCCUCGUCGACGCCCAGCUCAUGUGGAUCGUCGUCGAGCCGGGGCACCGCACCGACGCCGUCGCCGCCGUGCUCUCCCGCUCCAACCUUGACUUCCUCCACAUCACCGGCCCCGGCGACUCCACCGCGUCCCUGCGAAUGCACGCCCUCAGGGAGAUUCGGGCGAAGCGAAUGGACGGCAUCGUGGUGUUCGCCGAUGAGAACAGCAUCCUGCGCACGGAGCUGUUCGACGAGGCGCAGAAGGUGAGCACCGUGGGCGCCGUGCCCGUCGGCAUCCUGGGCGAGGACGACGGCACCAGCGAGUCGUUCCUCCAGGCGCCGUCGUGCGACGCGGCGGGGAAGCUGGUGGGCUACCACGUGUCGGAGGAGACCGUGCUGCCGGCGAACCGGAGGGACAUGCUGCUGUCCAGCAGGCUGGAGUGGGCCGGCUUCGUGGUGAACGCGCGCGCGCUGUGGGAGGACGCCAAGGAGCGCCCCGAGUGGGUGCGGGAUCUCGGCGCCAUCGACGACGCCGACGCCCGCGCCGCCAGCCCGCUCGCGCUCGUCACCAACCCCGGCCGCGUCGAGCCGCUCGCCAGCUGCGCCCAGGCGGCGCUCGCGUGGUCGCUCCGGUCAGACAGUCUCCACGAGGUCAAAUUCCCACACGAAUGGAAAUUCGAUCCUCCACAGCUGAGUACAGGUUCCAAUCAGCAGAGUGUCAAACCAGAGACGACACAAACAACUCUAGCAAGCACUGAAGAUCAGCACUAGAGGUCAAAUUUUCGUGGACACUAGAAGUCGGAGCAAAUCAGGCAGCUGUUGCUCCCAGGAUUUGUCAAAAGUCUCCAGUUCCCCACUGAUGCAUCCGUCUAUGCGCCGUCGGUGCCAACCUCUGCCAGAGUAACAGAAGCCAGCUCAGAUCAGCGCAGCUCAUUUCUUUGGACUCUACAGAUGAAGUCACCAUCAGUACAUGUAACUUGGAUCCUUGUUCAUCUAAAUCACUCUGUACCAACGUAUAAAAAAUAGAUAAACGUUUAAUUAUCCGUACCUCCAAUCCCCUUCAUAUGUAGAAUAGCAUUUUAGGCAUAUUGUUUUCGUGUAAAAUAGAUCAGAGCAGGGACUUGCAGAAAGUCUUGUGGUUUGGGAAUCAAAGCAUUGGUUGUACACUCGUAUGAAAUAAUGAUGAUCCAGUUUUCACUCUAUUA